AUGUUGACAUUAAAGAAAUUGUUAUCUAACAAUUCUAUAAAUGUUGACAAAAAUAUAACAGCUUCAAAUAAAAAACUACAACAACCACAAGAAGUAUUAAUGAAAGAAAAAGAACUGGAGAAAGAGAAGUCAUCUAAUCAAGUCGAUGAACAAGAAUGGGUUAAAUUUCAAAAACUUAUAAGUAAAGAGACUCAAUUAAGUCAUCAAAUAGCUGAUGCAGAUGAAGAAGAAUUACAAAAAGAUAGAGAUGAGAUGCAAGAAAGGUUUUAUAAAGGCUAG